AUGGGUGCUGGAAACUCUAAGCCUGAGGCUUCGGCUGGCUCACAACAUGUGUUCUCCAGCAACUCUCCGGUCCAAUUCUCCUCAAACCUAGUCGAUGCACUCCAAUCGACCUCAGAGACCGACUCCACCCGCGCCAAAGCCCUGGAAUUGGAGAUCCAAAACCGCGUCGCGCAGGAACUGAAGCGCCUCCGCGAACGCGAGCAGCAAACCCUCGCCGAGAUCGAGAAGCGCAUCUCAGAGUCCAAAGACACCACCUCCCUGCCCGUCACAGCAGCGACCGCGCCCCUCGCCCCCUCCACCUCGGGUUACCCAGCCGGCUCACUGAACCUGGACGCACCGCGCAUUCCCUUCGCCGGCCGCCACCACGACCCCGUGCCUGCAGUAGCCGCGCCGCAGGAGACCGCUGCUGCCGCACAGCCUGUCACUAAGCGCGAUAUCUCGCGCGACUCUGUAGCUGCUGAGAUCGAGCAGCUGCGGAGCAAGCUUGAUGGGCGGAGGAAGCUUGUGGAGCUCGAUGAUGGUGUUGCUAAGGCUCGCUCGGAUGUUGCUAGCUGUCUGCAGUUGAAUGAUCGUCGGCCGUUGAACUGCUGGGAGGAGGUUGAUGCUUUCAAGCGUGAGGUUGCGCGUAUGGAGGCCGCUUUCGUGGAUCGCAUUGUGGGUUAA